GAUGACCUCAAAUGAAUGGUGGUCGUAGGGAAUGGGAGAUGAGGUGUCGUUGAAGGCGGAACACGGUCUUUCUUUCCCCCGCAUGGGAGCUCGAGCUCGUUGUACCGGUACCCAUGUACCUUACAUUGGUGCCGAGAGCUCCAAGACAAGCGACCGAGAAUAUUAAUCUGAACAAAAGUUGAAGAUCGUGACCGGAGAGCUGAACUCGCCAACUUUCCCGCCGAAACGGAACACGGAGAGAGGCACGGAGGGCAAUUGGCAAUCGCCGCCCACCGACUCAACAGCACCACGGGCGCAUCGCGCGAGCGAGCUUCGAAUCCGAACAGCCGAAAAAUCACUUGGAAAGCGAACCUGUCGGCGGCGCCGGCGAAACGAUCGCAAAGAUGCGCGCGACACCCUCACUAAUGGCCAAGGGCAUAUUUUCCCGGACCAUGGACGAGUUCAAGCGUCGCGCAAGUAUUGUCGCAAAAGCCGAAGGCAUCAAGGGCCCCUCGGGUCCCUACAUCCUCCAAGACUUCCGCGCACCGGGCUCGACCGACGACUGCAAACUCAUGUCCGACCAAGAGAUUGGCGGCUUCUCCCACAGCGCCCUCGAAUGGGUCCCCUCCUCACCCUCCUCGACAGCGACGACAACAUCACCACAAAGCACACCGACGACAAGUGCAGGCCACGCCCGCUUCCACGGCACAAUAUCAACAGACCUCCCCAAAAACGACCCCAAAAUCCAACGCACAGGCUUCGCGGCAUGGCGGACGCCAGACCAGAAGCCCACGCUCUUCGGCAAGGCCGUCUGGGACAUUGACCCGUACUCCUACCUAGCGAUGCGCGUUAAGUCGGACGGCCGGAGCUACUUUAUCAACCUGCAGACGGACUCGGUGGUACCAACGGACCUGCACCAGCACAGGCUGUUCGCCAAGCGGCCCGGGGAGUGGGAGACGGUGUUUAUUAAGUGGAACGAGUUUGUGCGGACGAACCACGGCUUCGUUAUUGAGCCGCAGACGGAGAUGCUAAGGUCCAAGGUCACGACGGUGGGCGUGGGGCUUACGGAUCGGGUGCCGGGGCCGUUUGAGCUUUGCAUUGAGAGGAUUUGGGCGACGAAUGAUGUUGAUGAGGUUGAUGGGGGCAGUGAGAGUGAUAUUUUGGCUGCGGAUGAGGCGAGAGAGACGCGGGAGAGCGAGUUGAGGAAUCGGCAGGGGGAGAGCAUUCGUUGGAAAGAGACGUGAGAAAGUGGGAGAGUCUUUGAGCAGAUGCUGACUUCGAAAUUGGGAGUGCCGGUCUGGGAAUGCAUCACAAAGUCCUGAACAGAGCAGGUUCGCUAGAGGGCACAUUCUGGCUUGGGGGAGAAUUCGAGUUUAAC